UAAAAACGUAAAUUCAUCACAUGAUAGUAUUGAGGAUUUAAAGUGUAACGUGGUAUUUUUUGGUGUUUUACAAUAUUGAUAUUUUUAAUCUUAAAAUUCGAACUGAAUGAAAAACUGGAUUUUGAUGAGAAAUUAAUGUUCAGACGUGUAAUUUCACGUGAUUAUAAAAAUUAUCAACAUUUAUUAUUUGAAUUUGAAUAAUGGUGAUAUCACGGCGAUUCGUCCUAAUCAAGUUUUACAUGUAUGAUGUAGAUAGCGACUGGGGAUGAAGUCGACAUUUGACUUUUGACCCUAUUUUCUCAACAAGUCUCUUCACAUCUUUGCCGACAGGAUUGUAUGCUAAUGAGUGAAUUAAACCCACUUAUAGGGUAUAUAUAAAAGUGACAAUCUCCUCGUGACUGCUCGUCCAAUCCAGCAUAGGUACUUCCUGUGACUGAGUUCAUUCAUAUACUAGCAUACCUUUUAUGUACAUACAUAGUUUGUAAUAUAGUACGAUAUCAUUUUUACCCUCAAGGAAGAAGUCGUGUCAAGCAGACGACAAAUAAUAAAAUAUAUGUGAAACUAUAAAACUUUCAAAGUUGGAUGUAUAUAAAAUGGAAGAUUUUAUGCCUUUAUGGUCAAGCUUAGAAAGAGAACAAUAUACCCUUCAGAGACUUAAUUCAUCGGGCGACGAAAUAGACAUCGGCUCAGAGGGUCAAAGGAGUAGCAGUCCGUCUAGCGUGUGGAGCACGGAUAGCAUGGACGAUGAAAUGUAUCUUGAAUAUUUGUUUUCUCAGGGAUUAGCUGACAGUUUAGAAAAGACAAUAGCCGUGAUGCCAACUAUAUCGUGUGAGGAUCAUUCGCAUCUGAACAAUUUUCAUAUCAAGGAAAAUGAUAGCUCGGACUCUGACAUAAGUGUUGUAGAACAGAAAGUUAUGGAUGAUGUUUUUGGAGCUAACGAAACGAACGGAACUGUAAACAAUGAAAAGGAUUUCGUAGUAUUAGGAGUUGGACUUCAAAACCUGAUGCAUAACUAUGCAGCAAAAAAUUCAUUAGGAGUAAGUAGUUCAACUGUUCAGGAAUACCAAAUAGAGUUGCCAUUAAAAUCACCUACACUUACACAUAUAAACAAAUCAUAUAUCAACCGCACACAGUUUACAUUAGCAACGAAUUCUUUACUAGCGCAAUCAAGUUUAUUAAACACUGUGAAAAUGAGAAAUAUAAAAGCCUCUACACCAAGGACCAACAGUGCAACUAAAGACAAAAACGAGGAGAAAAUUUAUCACUGUACGUACGCUGGGUGUAAUAAAGUGUAUAGCAAGAGCUCUCAUUUGAAAGCACAUCUACGUCGACAUACGGGAGAGAAGCCGUUUGAAUGCACGUGGCCUGGAUGUGGCUGGCGCUUCUCGCGCUCAGACGAACUUGCGCGACAUAAACGAUCUCAUUCAGGAAUAAAACCUUACCAGUGUAAAAUUUGUGAAAAGAGAUUUUCAAGGUCAGAUCAUUUGUCCAAACAUCUUAAAGUUCAUCGAAAGCGAUAGCCAGUAGGUGUCAGAAUAGUUAAACAUAGGCCGUGGAUUCGUGCAAUAUUUUAUUUAACAGUUAAGUGAACAUUGUUUCGUGGUUAUGCAUUUUUGUGGGAAAUGAGUGAUUAUGGAAAUAAGUUUUUAAGUAACAUAUGCCUCAAGCAUUAAAUGUCGCAUAUUAAAUAGCAGAACGCUUCAGUUGAAUCACAUUUUUGUGCGGAUGAGUCCCAGUUUGGAAACAAAGACGCUUGCAGAAGCUCUUGCAGCAUAAUCUGGUGGCUCUUUAAAUGACCAAUGCAUUAUUCAGAUGUCAUUCAGAAUCAGCAAGUUUUACAUGCCAUAUUAGUAAAUUUUAUUAAGUGACCUUUAUUAUCAUAUCAAACUACCUGACCGUAUCAAACAUUGCUGGACAAUGGACACAGAUGAAAAAGGUCAAUGGUCAAGUUGUCUCAUUAUUGUAGAAUUCCACGUUUAUAUUUUUAUACUCAGUACACACUGGUGCUUUUAUAAAUAUUUUACAAAUGUUGACUUUUAAUGGACAAUUUGAUGUGAAUUUAUUAUAAAUAGAAAUUAUUUUGUUGAAUGGAGUGUUUUAUGUCUUUUAAACAGAAAACUACUUAGUAUUAUUUGCAUAUAGUAUUACAUUUAACACGUGGGAAAUAUGUCACACUUAAAGUAUUUUACUGUACUUCAUUUAUCUAGUUGUCACAUUUUAAGUUUUUAUAUUAUUUAACAGGUAAAAUAUUAGUCAUCUUUUAAUGGGGAAACGCACAAACAAGCACAUAUAAACAUUUAUGCAACUAUUCAAUUAGAAAGUUACGAGCUAUAGCAAUAAUGCACAUGCAGACCGAUACAGAAAAAAACCCUAGAUGAUUUGAUGUUUCGUGUGGUCCUGUUCCUGUUUAUGGAUAUUUCAUAUUUUACUCUUGUUCCCAAUGCACGUGUUUUAACUAAUUCAUUAUAUACAUUGCACGAUAUCGUGUUUAUCUUAUGAUAUAUAAAACAUGGAUAUAUAUUUUUUUUUAUUGUUAAAAGUCCAGUGUCAAAUAUUUCAUGCAUAUUCAGGACAAAAGACGUGGAUGUAAGGAAUAUAUCGAGAAGUUGAGGAGUACAGUGAGCAAUAUUAGAGUGUA